AUGCCUUUCAAAUAACUUUAAACAAUUAAAGAAAUUUGUAAGUCAACUACUAUAUAAAGGUUCUAUUUUUCAUUACACAUCAUUCACAUUUUGGAUUUAACCUAUUCAACUAUGAACAAGUUAAACAUUUGCUUCGUCAUCUUGGGAGUAAUCUCCAGCGUCUUCGCAGAAGCGCCGUUGCUUUCAGGACCAUACCCAGCUCCCGCUCCAGUAUAUGGACCACCGAAAAUAAUUGAAACACCUGCCCCGUACCCACCAGCAAUACCCGCACCAGUAUAUGGACCACCGGCCGAAUUCAUCGCCCCACCUCCACAAAUUAUUUCUAACUACGACUAUGCUGUCUACACUCCAAAACGCGUCGAAGUUCUUGCACCAUAUGCACCACCGGCACCAAUCAUCAAAACUGCUCCAUACGCACCACCAGCACCGAUCAUCAAGACCGCACCAUACGCACCCGCUACACCGAUCAUUGAGAUUCCCAGACCCACCGUUCAAGUGAUCUCCAACUACCAUUACGACUUACCAAAAUACAUCCCCGCUCCAGCUCCCGUUUUACCCGCUCCAGUUUACGGACCACCAAAAGUUUUCGUCGCGCCCGCUCCAGUUUUACCUGCUCCAGUUUACGGCCCACCGAAGAUAAUCGAGCCCAUUGUACCCGCACUGGAGUACGGAGUACCUAAAGUGAUCCCAGCUCCAGCACCAGUACUUUCCACCUACAACUACGCCGUACACACUCCCCAACCGAUAGUUGUCAAGACUGGACCGUACCCUGCACCAGCACCUUUGGUAAAAAUUCCCGAAGCACCAAUUGUACCACACACUGAAUAUGGUGCACCAGUAUUCUAAACGUUUAUAGUUGUGGAUUAUUUAUUUAA